AUGUGGAUAAACUGGUUCUACUGUUCCUGUUACCCCCCCAGCCCCCUUUACCCCUGUUACCCCCCAGCCCCCUUUACCCCCUGUUACCCCCCAGCCCCCUUUACCCCUGUUACCCCCAGCCCCUUUACCCCUGUUACCCCCCAGCCCCCUUUACCCCCUGUUACCCCCCAGCCCCCUUUACCCCUGUUACCCCCCCAGCCCCUGUUACCCCCCAGCCCCCUUUACCCCUGUUACCCCCCAGCCCCCUUUACCCCCUGUUACCCCCCCAGCCCCCUUUACCUCCUGUUACCCCCCCAGACCCCUUUACCCCCUGUUACCCCCCAGUCCCCUUUACCCCCUGUUACCCCCAGUCCCCUUUACCCCUGUUACCCCCCCAGUCCCCUUUACCCCUGUUACCCCCCAGCCCCUUUACCCCCUGUUACCCCCCCCAGCCCCCAUUACCCCUGUUACCCCCCCAGCCCCCUUUACCCCUGUUACCCCCCAGCCCCCUUUAGCCCUGUUACCCCCCAGCCCCCUUUACCCCCUGUUACCCCCCAGCCCCCUUUACCCCUGUUACCCCCCCAGCCCCCUUUACCCCUGUUACCCCCCAGCCCCCAUUACCCCCUGUUACCCCCCCAGCCCCCUUUACCCCUGUUACCCCCCCAGCCCCCUUUACCCCUGUUACCCCCCCAGCCCCCUUUACCCCCUGUUACCCCCCCCAGCCCCCAUUACCCCCUGUUACCCCCCCCAGCCCCCUUUACCCCUGUUACCCCCCCCAGCCCCUUUACCCCCUGUUACCCCCCCAGCCCCCUUUACCCCCUGUUACCCCCCCCAGCCCCCUUUACCCCAGCCCCUUUACCCCAGCCCCCUUUACCCCUGUUACCUCCCCAGCCCCCUUUACCCCUGUUACCCCCAGCCCCCUUUACCUCCUGUUACCCCCCAGACCCCUUUACCCCUGUUACCCCCAGUCCCCUUUACCCCUGUUACCCCCAGCCCCCUUUACCCCCUGUUACCCCCAGUCCCCUUUACCCCUCCCCCUUUACCUCCUGUUACCCCCCAGACCCCUUUACCCCUGUUACCCCCCAGCCCCCUUUACCUCCUGUUACCCCCCCAGUCCCCUUUACCCCUGUUACCCCCCCAGUCCCCUUUACCCCUGUUACCCCCCAGCCCAGCUGUACCCCCUCUAGCCCCAGGGUCAGAGCACCCAGCUGUACCCCCUCUAGCCCCAGGGUCAGAGCACCCAGCUGUACCCCCUCUAGCCCCAGGGUCAGCACACCCAGCUGUACCCCCUCUAGCCCCAGGGUCAGAGCACCCAGCUGUACCCCCUCUAGCCCCAGGGUCAGCACACCCAGCUGUACCCCCUCUAGCCCCAGGGUCAGAGCACCCAGCUGUACCCCCUCUAGCCCCAAGGUCAGAGCACCCAGCUGUACCCCCUCUAGCCCCAGGGUCAGAGCACCCAGCUGUACCCCCUCUAGCCCCAGG